CAAUGAAGACCUCUUUUCUCUAUCUAUAUAUACUCCGUUAAAUAGAGGUAGUUUUAGAAAUUAAAAAGAAAAACACAAUAAAAACAAAAGACAUAAUUAAUACAUACAGAUCAAGAGAGAAUUAAUAAUUAUCUUUUAUAUUUGAAAAGAAUGAAUAGUAGUGUUGUAAAAGCACGAGCCCUUGAGAGGUUAGCUAAGAGAGUUAUGAAGCCAAAGUGUGAAGUUUUCAUAAACCACAGGGGAGUUGACACGAAGAGAAGCAUAGCUACUUUGCUUUACGACCAGUUGUCAUGGCUGAACAUUCCUUCUUUUUUAGACAACAAGACAAUGAAACCAGGUGAUAAACUGUUUGACAAAAUCGACACUGCUAUCAUGGGUUGCAAGGUGGGGGUUGCAGUGUUCUCCCCUCGUUACUGCGACUCUUAUUUUUGCCUACACGAGCUGGCUCUUUUCGCCCAGACAAAGAAGAAGGUCAUUCCCAUCUUCUGCGAUGUCAAGCCAUCUCAGCUUCACGUCUCCCUAGACAACAACCAAUAUUCCCAGGAGGACCUCACCAGAUUUGCUUGGGCUAUUGAACAGGCUAAAAACACCGUUGGUCUCACAUUUGAUUCCUCCAAAGGGAACUUGGCUGAUGUGGUAAGAAAGGCUUCCAAUAUAGUGAUACGCACAUUGAUAGAGAUGGAGAUCAAGGAGAAACAAACAAAACGGCGUCGUGAUCAGAUGUUUCCAGUCCCCACAUAAUAAAUAAUUAAAACCAUAUAUAUGCUCGCAGCAGGCAUUGGUUAACAUUACAUUCUAAUAAAUCUCAUAUCCAUUAUUUAAGUUGGUUCUUAUUGUGAAGAGUAUGAAAUUUAUUUUACACCUUCUGAUCAUCGCUCUCUCAUCUUAUUGAUUUGGUUCUGCUUCAAUUAUUUAUAUUUUUAUUUGUUAAUUAAUUAAUAAAUUGAAACUAAUUAAUAUCGUUUGUUUUCUUUCUCUCUAUAUUGUUAAUUUGAUUUCUUGUAAGAAUUUUUUUUUCCAAUUUUUAAGUAUUCCUUGUAUUAAUUCAGAUUGAUCGAAACAAAAUGGCAGAUCUAAUCUCUUUUUGUUUAAACAAAUGUACAAUUUUUUUUCUGUUAUUGUAAUAAAU